UAUAUAUUAUAAAUAUCUUUGCACCUCCUUACUUGCUUCAUUUUCCGUUGGCAUUCACUCACUUCUUCUCUCUCUCUCUCUCUCAGCCAUGGACAACUCCUCUUCAUUCUCGUUGCGAUUCGCACUGCUGUUCGCCGUCUCCGUUGCCGCCAUGCUCGGCGGCCCCAAGGUUACCGCCACUGAAGGACUCGAAGCUCCCUUCACUCCUUCAACGCCCUUAACUCCACCUUCAACGCCCUUAACUCCACCUCCAACUCCAACUCCACAAGAUCUCCAAGAACACUCGUUCUUCUCUCACACCGCACUCCUCCCUCCGAUCUUGUCUCAUCUCGGUUUCCACGAGCUGGCGACGGCGGCUCCGUCGCUCUCCGAUACUGCAUCCACCACUUCCUCUGCCUGGACCGGUCCUUCCACUAUCUUUGCUCCCUCCGACUCCUCCCUCCGUACCUGCUUCUCUUGCUCCGUCCCCAACCUCCUCCGCGAGCACAUUGUUCCAGGUCUCUUCACCAUCGAUUAUCUGCGGAGACUUGCUUUUGGCACCAAGAUCGAGACCUUGAGUCCUGGCCGUUGCAUCACCAUCACCUCCGAUUCGGUCCAUCCGAACACCACCGCCGCAGCUGCGAAGGUCUUCAUCGGAGGCGUGGAGAUCACGCAACCUGAUCUCUUCAACAACGGCAUGGUUGUGGUUCAUGGCCUUCAAGGUUUCGUCACUCCGCUAUCUCCGUUUUCUUGUGACGUGGAGAGGAUGACCUCGCUCUCCUUCCCGUACCAUCCAGAUCAACGUUCCAGUCACCAUCUCCACACUCCCGCCGCUUCGGUGCAGCCAGCUAUAAUGCGCCUAAUGCUCAGAGAUGCCAUGCUCAGGCUCCGUAACAACGGCUUCAGCAUCCUAGCCCUUGCCUUGAAGGUGAAGUACCCUGAGCUCGUGACUCUCAACAACAUGACCGUGUUCGCCGUCGACGACCUUUCUAUCUUCUCCGGUUCUCAUUCGUAUAUCAGCAAUGUCAGGUUCCAUAUUGUGCCGAACCAUUACUUGUCGAUUGCGGAUCUGGAGAAGCUUCCGGUGGGGACUGCUCUGCCGACAUUGGAACGAGGCCAACCGCUGCUCAUCACAACCUCCGGUGGAGGAGUGACCUUGGCGCCGAUGAGGAUUAACUAUGUGAGGGUUAAGGUGUCGGACGUCAUUCGCAACGUCAAGAUCAUGGUGCACAGUGUGUACUUGCCAUUUCCGCAUAUUAAUCCUGUGGCCGCUGCUUAUGACAGUAUCUUAGGGGGUGAAGGAGCAUCGGAAGGAGAGGCUAAUAUACCACCAGAUUCGGUAGCUCAGAGUCAGAGGACAGAAGGGACCUGUUCUGCUCUUGAUGGACGUGGAAAUUGUGGUGGUGUCCCUCCGAUGCCUAAUGUCAAGCCAAUGGUGGAUAUCGAAGACCACCAUGGCCUGUGA